CCCAAAUUAAAAGUAUGUCUUCCAAAUUAAUGGCUCGUCUGGGCGUAAUAGCCGGUAUUGUCACGUCCGUUAAGCAAGGUUGGAACAGGCCGGAGGAGCAAAUGGUUCAGGAUGCCUCCGAGAAUCUCACAAAGACAUUCCCCCUUUUGGAAGAAAACGAGUUCAACUUCUCGGCUGUGAGCGAAUGCAGUGUGGCCCUCCAGCGGGGAUUCUACUUCUCCCUUCGAAUGCCCGACUGGGCGAGGGACUUCAAGGAGCAAACCCAGAAGAUCCUUGCCCAUAGUUUUGAGCUCCCAAGAAUACACUCCAAAGGCGGCAAAGAUUCAAAGCUGUCAAAGUACUACGGAGAAGAUCGUUCUGAACGUUAUGGUGUAAUCUUUUUAGAGACUUCUACUGGCCAUUUCUUCGAAGAUAUUCCUCGAGAGAUGCCGGUUCCUGCUGAUCAAACCAGGUCCAAUCGCCCGGUGCGGUUACCCAAGAUCAAGGACGACCUAACAUGCGGCAAAAAAGUGUCAUCCUAA